CACUCUAUGUCAAUCAGCUGUUCUACCAACAUGGCCACGUUAUGCCGUACGACGGGAAAAUUAUUAGGAAAAGUGCAAUUUAUACCGGUUUCCUCGCGUAAUUUCAGUUCAAUAAAGUGCAGUAGAUCUUAUAAAAAUGUGUGGAAGACUUGUGCUUGUGUUUUCGGCGGCGGGAUUUUGUUAUAUGCUGCAAAUUACAAGCACGGAGGCACUGUAUACGCUCUCAAAGCUAAGCAACCGGACGAGCUGGCGAAGUCGGUGAAACUGACUUCCCGAGAACGAAGGUUCAUCAAGUUUGCCAGCGUGGAGUACGGCGGUCAGCUGUACAUGACCCCUCAGGACUUCCUGGAGUCCGUCGUGGAGCAGGAGCCGAGACCUCGUCUUAAACGUCGCAUCCUCACUGCCAAAGAGAUCGACCAGCUUCGUGACCAGGUUCCGUCGCUGAAGAAGGGCUCGCCACAGAUGUUCCGCAACAUGAGGGAUAAAGGAAUCAUCUCUUACACGGAGUAUCUGUUUCUUCUCUCAAUUUUAACAAAACCAACUUCGGGCUUCCAAAUCGCUUUCAACAUGUUCGACACUGACGGCAAUCAAAGAGUGGAUAAAAAUGAAUUUCUAGUCCUGCUUGCCAUAGCCCCGUCCACCAUGCUGAAGAGCAGACUCGAGCAAGCGCAGGCGCCGAAGAAGCCUCAACCGUCCACAAUGGAGAAGAUCUUCAGUUACGCGUGGAGAGGCAAGAGGGGAAUGACCGAAGAGAGCCCGGCGGAAGGCAAGGGACCUCAGGACACCUACAUUAAUGACGACCAGGGGCUGCAGAGGAGACACAAUGUUGAUACGUUGUUACAGGUCCACUUUUUCGGUAAGAAAGGCACAAACGAUCUAAAGUUUGAGGGUUUUCGACAGUUCAUGGAAAACUUACAAACCGAAGUUCUUGAGUUGGAAUUCUGCGAGUUUUCUAAAGGACACGAAACGAUCUCCGAAGUGGACUUCGCGAAGAUCCUCCUCCGGUACACGUACCUGGACACGGACGAGUACGACAUGUACCUGGACAGGCUGCUGGACAGAGUCCGGGACGAGCGCGGCAUCACCUUCGAGGAGUUCAAGACCUUCUGUCAGUUCCUCAACAAUCUGGAGGACUUCACCAUCGCCAUGAGAAUGUACACCCUCGCUGAUCAUCCGAUAUCCAAAGACGAGUUCCACCGCGCCGUGCGCAUCUGCACGGGGCAGGCGCAGUCGCCGCACGUGGUGCGCACGGUGUUCGCCAUCUUCGACGCGGACGGCGACGGGCUGCUGAGCUACAAGGAGUUCAUCGCCAUCAUGAAGGACCGCCUGCACCGCGGCUUCAAGUCGUACGCGAAAAACGAGGGCUGGGAAGCUUUCAAAUCGUGCGUCAAACAGGAGAUGAAGAGUUCCGUGUGAACCAUCUGCGCUGAACCUGCCCCGCUGUGUGCUCUGCACUGCUCUACCAUCACAUAGUUACACUUCGCACAAGCUGUUCAAACUAAUAGUUAAAUACAUUUAUCAAAGGCAUAUACUCUACUACUUGAGUACUACUACUCUUAAUUAUGACUGCCAACUUGGAUAAAAAAUGACAAAAUUUCCUUUGUGUAAACUCUAUGUUUUCUUACGUGUCUUAUGAUGUAAACAAGUCACAUCUUUUCACAAGUUUAUUUUAAAAUAGAAGAAAAACUAAUAUUUUGAAACAAAUAAAAUAAAGAGAGAUAUUCUUUACAAAUGAAGGCUUUCAUUAUAUUUUAUUAUGUUCAAAACGAUUUUUACUCUAAAAUGUAAGCAAAAGGGAGUUUUGACAUCUAUUUAUACAAGUUACAGGCAGAUAGAGGUAGGUAUUAACAUCUCAAGUUAUAGAGCAUAUUUAAGAUUUUUUUUAAAACUUAUAUUAAUUAUUACACCUUUGAUAAAGUAGCAAAGCACAAUAGAUUAUCUUGCCUACGCACAAUUUACCUAGGCUUAAAAAAAAAACUUAUGAGUCACCGCUAUGUUUUAUUUUAUAAGCUGUGUGUUUGUAGUAACUACCGCCGGGUUGGUAAACAGAUUGUUGUUGAAAUCGGUCUGCUUCCAACAAACCUUGCCAUUGAGAAAUUCAUCAAUGAUAUAGUGACAUUUUAAUAAGUGUGUUUUAACCAUUGUUUAAACUUUGCAUUUGCAUUGGUCCAAAAUGACCUACAGAUUUAUUUGAUUAAAGCAAUAUUAAAAUCCGCAAGUGCUUCUGCGGAUCAUAAGCAGAUGUCACCAGUUUAUGUGCACCAUGAUUGUUGCCGUGCCGUGUCAAUAAAAUAAGCAACAAUGAUUUUGUAAACAAACUAUAAUAUUACCGGUGAUUACUAAUUUAUAAAAUACUUAGUCCAUUACAGGUGAACAAAAUGUCCAUGAGCAUUGCAUAGAAUCAAGCGUAACUUUGAGGAAUUCCAUGAUAUAUUAUGAAAAUAAAGCUUAAUUUGCUAUACUCUGC